UGUUGGUUGUUAGUUGGUUGUUGUUGUUACUGUUACUGUUACUGUUAUUGGUUGAUAAAAACGAGAAAGAGGAAAAACCCAAGGUGAAAGUAGCAAUAAAGAGAACAGGGAAAAGAAAGAGAAAGAAAAAGAAAAUGUGGUACUCAUCAUCAAAUAGGAAAGUUGAACAGACGGAACAUCGGGAUAAUGUUGCAGAUAAUAUCGCCGAGAAGAAUUGGAAGAAAGAAACUGAGGAUUCGGAUCGCAUUGAUUCUGGAUUUCUUUCCAGUGGAAAUUUGCAACUCAGCUCCGAGCUCGAACGCUCGGAGUUGGACGUUGCAGGAGAUUUCAGUGUCGUAAAAACGGAACCAAUGAGAGCUGACAGUGGCGUAGAUGUUGGCCUAAGCGAAAGCUUGAGCCAACUGUCCCUCAAACAAGUUACUUUGAAUCCUUUAGCAAGUGGAAAAGUACAAGUCGAGCCUAUCACUGAACUUGCACCUCUAAGCCCAGAUCAACAAAAUAUUAUUAAUCAACAACAACAUCAUCAAGGAGACUAUGCAUCCCCAAUCAUUGACAAUAAUAUUGAAAUUCGUGAAAAUCGACAAAAAAGAUUUAUCGAGGAGCCUUGGCAGCUUUAUUACACGCAGGAUAAUGAAGGAGACACGCAACUACAUAUCGCCAUUGUACAAGGCUUUUUGGAGGCCGCCUUUUGUCUCAUAAGAAUGGCACCUCAUCCGUGUUUGUUAGAUAUUCUUAAUGAUGACGGUCAAUCUCCAUUACAUUUGGCCGUUUUAACUCGCCAACCAAGAAUCGUCAGACGUCUUAUCCUGGCAGGUGCGGAUCCUUCCUUGAGGAAUUUACGGGGUAACACGGCACUUCAUCUUACAUGCGCAACCGGCGAUUUGAGUUGCGCUAAAGCUCUGACCGAUCCCUUGACUCCUGUGGAAAGAAAUUAUUUUCUACCUGGCAACAAGAUUCCAGCACUGCCACAAAAUUUAGAACAGAGAAAUUAUGACGGAGAGAUGUGUCUACACAUAGCCGCUUCCGGUGGUCAGGUCGAGCUUGUACGUUUGUUGCUAAGACUCGGAGCUGAUCUUGAAGCACGUGAAGCACUCUCAGGCAAAACAGCCCUUCAUCUUGCUGUUGAAGGACGUUGUCGAUCAGUAAUAGCCUUCCUACUGCACGAAUGCAGGCCUUGUUUGAAUGCCCCGACAUAUGCAGGCAUUACAGCUUAUCAAAUUGCACUUUGCUUGGACGGACAACUUGCGAGGGAACUGGUCAGACUUGGGGCAACACCACAACCUCUUCCUGAAUCCGAUUCUGAGGAAAGCGAUGACGAAGAUGACAAGCCCGACGAUUAUCUACCGUUGAUUACAAGGCACCGACAACAAAAUAUUGUAGGAGUAGGAGUAUAAAAAACAAUAAAUAAGAAACAACGUCAAAACAUGAAAAAAGUGGAGAAGCGAAUAGAAAAUGUAAAAUUAGAAUGGGAAAAUUACGUUCAAUGAAAACUUUUAGAUCUGUAUGUUUUAACACGUUCCGUUGCCGAAUUAGAUUUUCAAUGACUUUUAACGUUCGAGCCUCAUGAGUUAAGAUGAACCCAUAAAUAAGUAGUGAAAAUUUUAAAUAACCUAAACGAAAAGUUCACACGGUGGGAAUGUAUUUAAUACGUGUGACACAUGUAAUGUUAUAAUUCCUAUCGAAACGUAUACGUAACUAUAUGUUUUUAUUAUAUCGAGGUUGUUAUAUAAACAAAAAAUAAUUAAACAUUUGACGAUGAAUCGAUAGUUCAUUAAAUGUGAUGAAAUUUAUAUUUUUUUUUUUUUUUUUUUUA